AAUCUCGUAGUUUUUCUCUCCAGUCGGUCAAGUGGCGUUCUUUUUUUUCAUUUACGUGUGUUUUCAUGGUGAAAAAUUAAAAUUAACUCGAAUCAAUUUUUCUAUUUUGUUGCAUUCAGACAUAAGUUUAGCUUUAACUUUACAAGUUUGUUGUAAAAAGCACGAAAGAAGAGUUCCUUGUUGAGGAGUAUGUAUCGGUGAAAUUGUGAAUGAGCUGGUCGCAUUUGGAAUUCGACAGCGGUGCACGACGUAGGGUAAAGUAGAAAACAAAAGAAGGGCAAAAGUGAUAACUUAUGAAAUGCGUAUGAAGACAUGGAAAAUUUGAAAUUAAGUGAAAAUUUAUUUGCGAAUAUACGUUAUUUCGUGGAUGGAAAUUUGGACGAAGAGGUUGAAAAAUUACUUAAAAAUGGUGGAGCACAAUCGAAACUCUUCAUUUCGGAUGUUGUCACACAUUUGGUGUGUGCUCCCAAUUAUACGGAAGAACAGCUGGCAAUGAGUUUAGAUCUCUACAAUGUCAUACCAGUAACAGAUCAAUGGAUAACACAUAGCGCCAAGCUGGGACGUUUGGCAUCUACAAAAGCAUUCGACCCCAGCGCUCAACGACUUUUUAAGUCGCUGAAAUUCGCUAUUACAAAUUUAUCCAAUGCAGAUUUCAAACGUUUAUAUGCAAUACUCACAUUUCAUGGAUCUCAAGUUACUACCACAUUUGAGCCGAAUAUAACGCACUUUGUAUGCGGUAGUGUAGGUGGUAGUACUUAUAAUCGUGCCGCAAGGAGCUCGGUGACCAUGGUCAGCCCUGACUGGAUUAUCGAUUGUUUGAAACAAGGAAAACUUUUAAACUGCGAAGGUUACCAUCCACGUUUGCUUAAGCCCGUCGAAAGGCCAAAGGCUGUACCAAAAUUAAGCAGCAUUUCCACAACAAUCAGUCAAACGCCUUCAACAAGUAUUGGAGCACAAUCCUUAAAUUCGGUUUCAGUACCAACCGCAGCUCCAAGUUCAAACGCCGUUUCUUGCAAUGUUGUAGACUCGGUAGAACAAACCCUAUCCACAAUUUUAGGGUUUGAUGAUGAUGAUAUGGGCGGUAUUGUAAGCAGCAUCGAUAACAAUCUUCGAGCUGGGGUCGAUGAUGCUGAUGCCGCCCAGAGCAUUGCAAACAUCAAAUCUCAAUUGCAAGCAUCAUUACCACCAUUACCAUCUGCGCUUCCUACACCCACUACACCAAGCGCAAAUGUAACUGACCAGUGUAAUAUUACUACACAACCCACAACAAAUCAGGUAUGUGGCGACAACAAUCAGACUUCCGAAGUAGUGACAAGCAGUGUCGGGAUACUACCUUCACAACCACAACAAAAUCAGCAGCUAACAACACAGACGCAACAACAUCAGCAGCCUCCAACGCAACCCCAACAGCAAAUUGUAUUUGUUCGACCACGUAACAUUCAGCAGCAGCAACAACAAAUUCAGCAGCAGGUAAUAGUCGGUGGAGCACAUCAACAGCAAAUUGGGCAAGCAUUGCAAUCUUCACUUCCACCGCAACAAAUUAUUGUACAGCAAAAAAUUGUACCAAAUGUCCAACAAAUUCAAAUGCAGCAGCAACAACAAGUGAAAACGCCCGCAGCCAAUAUUUUGCAACAGCAACGUAACCUCAAGAGUCCACAACAUCACAUUCAAAUCAUACAACAUCAACAACUGCCGCAAACCCCACGUACACCCCAGCCACAACCGCCAACACACCCAAACCUUCCACCUCAACCUCGAACUGCCCCAUCAACGCCAACAUCUAGUGGCCCAUCGCCUCUACCAGAUCCUCGUACCCCCACUCCUACAACUAAUGUUGGUGGUGGAAAUAUAACUCAACCACGUACUCCACAAACAACCAGCGGACGACAGACACCAUCUGCUCGUACGCCUUCUACAACACCACAAGCACAAAAUCAGUCCCCACAGCAUGUGGCCACGAUCGCGAUGUCACCACAAACGCAGCCACAUACACAACAGCAACAUCCCCAUCAGCAGCAAACUGUGCAAAUGUCACCGCAAAUGUUACAUCAGCACAUAUUACAUCAACAAAAUAUUCUGCAGCAGCAACAACUGCAACUUCAGCAGCAUAUACAAAAUGGACAAAGUUUAACGCCACAACAGCAAGCUUUGCAGCGCCAAAUACAGCAUCAGCAACAACAAUUGGUACAACAACAACAAAAACUUCAACAGCAACUGCAGCAGCAGCAGCAACAACAACAACAGCAGCAGCAUCAAAUGCAGCAGUCACCACGUAUGCAUCAGAAUCCGCAAACGCCAUCCCCAUCGUUGCAGCAGCAACAACAGCAACACGGUCCUGGAGGUGGAAGCAUGAUGCCACCACAAUCGCCACGCCAGUCUCCCGCAUUGCAAAUGACACCUCCACCACAUUCACCACAACCCCAGCAACAACAGCAACAGUUGGCCCAACAGCAACAAUUGCGCCAACAACUACAAAAUCGCCAGCAACAGCAACGCCAACAACAACAAGGAGGUUUAGGUGGCGCUAUUGGAUCGCCACAGCAUCAACCAUUGAUGUCACCGCAGCAGCAACAACAAACUUUGCAACCCUUCCAACAACCACACCGUGUCUCGCUGCAGCAGCAACAACAGAGCCCACAACACAGUUCGGCACCACAGUCGCCCCAAAUGCAGCAGGCCACAACACCGACGCAGAGCAAACAACAGAUGUUGCAACAGAUGAAACCAAUUGACCCCACUGACCCCGUACAGGUUGCCCAGGUGCUCAGCCGUUCAGCGCCAAGCCCAAAUCACGAAUCACUUAUAAUGCGGCAACAGCAUUUGAAGCAGCAGCAACAAGCUUUGCAACAACAACAGCAGCAGCAGGCGUUGCAGCAACAACAGGCAUUGCAGCAACAACAACAGCAGCAACAGCAGUCUCAAGUAAGUAGACAAACUUCUUUGCAACAACCUCAAGUCCAGCAACAAAUUGUUAUCAACCCGACCAAUCAACAACAACAAAUCAUUGCUCAACGGCAUGUCAUUAACACGUCGACGGUGCAGGGACAACAGUUAAUACAAAGUCAUAUGAUGAGUAUACAGCAGCAGCAGCAGCAACAACAACAACAACAACAACAGCAGCAGCAACAAACUCAGCAGAAGCAACAACAGUUAAUGACAAUACAGCAGCAGCAGCAAUUGAUUGUGCAGCAGCAGCAGCAAAAACCAGCCGGUAUGGUGAUCGGUGGGACUCCCCAGCAGCAGCAGCCACAACUGCAUCAGCAACCUCAACAACAAUCUGCGACAAUGCAGUUCAGUCAGCCGCAACAAAUGAACAUGUCAGGCGGCCAAGUCUGUAUCAUCCAACAGACACUUCAUCCACAACAGCAACAGCAACAACCACAGCCACAGCAGAUUAUUCAACAGCAGCAAGUGCAAAGUAUUUCAAAUAAUUAUCAACAGCAAAUCGUUAGUCCUAGCAUACAACAGCCGCAGCAGCAACAACACCAACAGCCCCAAAUAAUUAGUCAACAAAUUCAAAUUCCGCAACAAGCAGUUCAACAGCAGCAGCAGCAACAACAACAACAACAAAUUGGCAUUGGUGGAGGGCCGACGCAAAUAACGGUUUCGAAUAAAUCGAAAAUAAUUAUAAGCCAACAGCAAUUUCAGCAGCUGAGCGUGCAACAACAGCAGCAGAUAUUACAACAGAAUCAACAAAAUCAGAAUCUUGUAAUAGUUAAUCAGACAAAUGUAACUCCUCAGCAACAACACCAGCAGCAGCCACAACAGCAAGCGCAGCCCCAAAUCGUCCAACAAAUAAUACAACAUCCUAUGCAGCAAUCGCCACAACAACAGCAGCAGCAACAACAACUUCAAAUGCAACAGUCUCCUCAACAGCAACAGUUGCAGCAAAUACCGCAAAGCCCGACGCAAGUGCUUAAGCAUCCGCAGCAACCGCCUCCAAUGUAUACGCAGCGUCAACAAUCGCUUGAGUUAACGGACGGAACUAACGGGAUGUUGCAGCAACCACAACAACAAAUGCAACAUGCACAACAGUCACCGCAAAUGAUAACACAAACUCAAGUUAUUCUGAACCCACAACAGCAACAGCAGCAACAACGUAUUCAACUGCAACAGCAGCAACAACAGGGUAACAUGCCGCAACAACCACAACAAAUUGUUAUAAACCAACAAGUCAUCAAUAACCCCCAACGCUUACAAUAUAUACAACAACAACAACAGCUGCAACUACAGCAACGUAAGCCGCCACAAAAUUCAAUAAUUGUCGGGCAACAGCAACUGCAACAAUCAACGCAACAACAACAAAUUAUAAUACAACAGCAAGCUGUGCCGUCACAACCAACACAACAACAGCAACACCCACAUCAGGCUCAACAGCAGCAAAUGAUGACAAUACCACCAGGCGGAAAUAUAUCGAAUCAAAUAAUAUUACAGCAACAAAAGCCGACACUGCAGCAGCAGCAUUCAGUUGAUGGACAACAGCCCCAACAGCAGCAACAGCAACAAAUCAUAUUACAGCAACAACCUCUACAACAAACCGUUGUUAUUCAGCAGCAGCAAUUGCCGCAACAACAACAACAAAUAAUUACAGCGGGUCAAUCGCCUCAGCAUCAGCAACAAGCGCAGCAACAGCAAUUGAUUAUCCAGCAGAGCUCACCACAACAACAACAACCACCACACUGGUCACCGCAACAGAGCCCAGCGGCAUUGCAACAACAACCACCGCAGCCCGGCACUCCGGUGGUAGUGAGUGGCACACAAGUUAUUGCAGCGAAUUCUUCACUUGGAAGCUUGCAAGCGCCACAACAAUUCAUUCGCGCCAUACGCCCCGGACAAUGGCAACAGCCAGGUAUGGCUGCUGGCACGGCCGCACUUCAAGGCCAACCCCAGCGCCAAGUCAUACAAGUCGAUGAUAAGACGCAUGCACACCUUAUGACGUUAGAUCCGGUGAAAAAAAUGGAAUAUAUAGCCAAGUUGCAGCAACAAAACCAAAAACGUCUGAUGAUAAGACAGCAAGUUCCUUAUCAGCCGCGUCCAGGCGCUCCAAAUGUCGUCGCUACUGCGUUAGGCUCGACGGUGCAACGACCUGGGGGCGCACCUACACCCGGCACUCCACAUAUUAUUGUUCAAAGUCAAAUGCCUGCGGGCCUAACGCAGCAACAACAAAUCCAAUGGCUGCAACAACAAGGUGCGCGACAAGUUGUUGUGCGUGCUGGUGCUGCACCUGGCUUAAGCCCGAUCACGCAGCAUCAGCAACCAGUUGUUGCAGGUGGCCAACAGACACAGCAGCAGGGGCCGACAACAACUGCCACACAAUUCAAUCCAAAUGAUCCCAAUCAGCAACUACUUCUGCAGCGUCAACUGCGCGUUCAGCAAGUACAGUUGCAGCAGCAGCAAUUGACGCCACAAAAACCAUCACCACAGCAGCAGCCCGGACUGCAAAUGGUUACCGCUAGCUCGUCUGCUAUGAGCACCGAACAGCAGCCGACAACACCUGGUACACCAACUCACGGCAGCAACAUAAUGAGCACACUAACACCAAGAACCAUGGUUGUGGGCUCUGCUGAGACACAGCAGCAGCAGCAGAUUGCAAACCCUCAGCAACAGCAACAGCAGGUUUUGCAGCAGACUCAACAGCAACAGAUGAAUAUGAAAACAAAAACGGCACUGGCCAACAUGUUGAACAGUCGCUUAGGCAACAACAAUGGCGGAGCAAUCCAGAUACAACAGCAACAGGCAAUGGUGGUAACAGCGAGCGGUACGCCAUCAACGGAUCAGUCGUUACAACAGCAACAACAACAACAUCCUCAGCAAAUAAUACAGCAUCAGGUGGUAGUCGCUGGCAGCACACCUCAGUCGGGCGUUAUACUGCAGCAGCAACAACAGCCGCAACAGCAGCAACAACAAAUCGGCCCAGGUGGUGUUGUGCUGGAACAGCAGGACACUGCUGCGGGCCGGUUGCGCUUAAUGACACAACAACAUAAUGCAGCGUUGCAGCAGCCCGGCGCACCGCCACAAGUACCGCCGGGUACACAGCUGUUGCAGGGCGUUGUUGGUACUGCACCACCACGCACACCACAAGAACUCAUAAUGCUUCAGCAACAACAGCAGCAACAGUUGCAAUUACGUCGAUCGAAUGCUGUAUUGCAAACGCAGCUAUCAUCGGGUGGUCAUGUUGUUACUGCGAGCACCGGCCAACAACAAAUCGUUGUUGCCGGUCCUCAGCAGCACCAACAGAUGAAUAUUGCGGCCGGUGUGCAGCAGCAAAUUGUGACAGCUCAGGCCCCCCAAACCCAACCGCCGCAGUCGGCUCAAGGAGUUAUGACACCGACUGGCUUCAUACAAGGCCGCCCCAAUAUGCCGCUACCGCCGCGCCCACAAUUCUACGGACACAAUCCCAACCUAAAAUUGCCGCCUGAUCUCUUCCUCGUAGGGUGUACCUUCUACAUAGUUGAAUACGACGAAACGGACUCUGAUGAGCUGCCCAUUUGGAUGGAGACCAUACGUCAAUUCGGCGGCGAUAUUGAACGCGUCUACUGUCAACGAGUUACACACGUACUCUGUCGUACGCAACGUCAUGGCGUGGUAAUGCAGGCAUUGCGGGACUCAAAGCGUUGCAUAACCGCUUACUGGUUAAGCGAUAUCUGCUUUAAAAAGCAACUACAGCCACCAUGGCAGGCACUGCAUCUACCAUUUCCCAGCCAAUUCGGUUACCAAAAACCGCUGGAAAGGCAUAUUAUUUCAACGUAUGGAUUCGAGGGCGAGGAAAGCUUCCGCAUUAAACAGAUGGUAGAGGAGUGUGGCGCCAUAUACACAUCGUACUUGUCAAAGCACAAUACCGUAUUGAUUUGCAAGAAGCCAGAAGGCGAUAAAUACAUUGCGGCCAAAGAAUGGAAUAUACCGAUUGUUAAUGCCAUUUGGUUGGCCGACAUUUGUAUUGGCAAUCUGAGCGGCAUGUCACAGUAUGAAAUUCAAAAAUAUCAGCAAUACUCGCUGGCGGCACCCUUUAGGAUCGACUACCCUCUGGUGCCACAUUUAAUGGCUGCUUGGAAGGCGCCUAUUAACCUUACACAAGAAGCACAUGAGCGCGUUAAACGUUCACUGGCUGAUCCGUUUUUCGAACAAAAAACCAAACGACAAAAGAUCUCACCCUACCAGGAAGAAAUUCCGGAGAACAUUGUCUGUGUUGAAUAUCCACACAAUGACAAACCGCCGAAGGUUAUAUUUUCACAGGUAGCCGAUCCGGAAUCACUGAAAAAAGCUGUGAUCACUCUUGGCGGUAUUGUUGUCGAAAAUCCAGAGGAUGCCACUUUUUUGGUCAUGACACGCGAAAGUCGUACAUGCAAGCUGAUUCAAGCCGUUUGCCAUGUGGAUUAUGUACUCAAAUCGAGUUGGUUGGUGGAGAGCGCCAAAGCAGGUCGUUUCCUACUGCCUGAACCCUACAAGAUACAAUACAUACCUGUCGACGAAAAUCUAAAGUUCCACCUGGACACGGUGCUGCGUUCGAGCGUACGUAAUAGUCUCUUUGCUGGCAAACAUUUCUUUGUGACACCCGAUGUUUUCCCCUCUCGUGCCGAAAUCGUGCGUAUGAUUGAGUCGUCUGGCGGCAAAGUGGAGGGAAAACGGCGUACCGCGCAAGUCAUCGCUGAGGCACAUACACAAGCACCGGAGUCAUAUAUAAUUGUUACUUGCCCCAAUGAUAUGCAUUUAUGUGUGGAUUUGACGCGCCAGGGCAAUCCGAAGUGUCCCAUUGUUUCGACAGAGUUUGUGAUGAGUUCGAUAUUGAAGCAAAAAUUGGAGAUCGAACCAAAUUUAAUAACCUACUUGUAUAAUAGCACCUACUCUAGCUCUAAGUCCAAAUAGUACUAUGUCAUAUGCCACUGAAGUGGGCACUAUAUAUAUAAGGAAAAAGUGAAAUGUAAUAAAAAUGUAAAUAUAUAUUAUAUUAGUGAUAUAUACAUUUAAGUCAAAGAGAGAAAGAUUUUUUGUAUACCAUAUUUCCUUAACGCAGCAAUUUUGCACACCUUUGUACAGUUAGGCGAACGGCGAAAAUUUGAAAUUUUAUAAAAAUUGUAAACGGCGUAUACAAAUUUUUGUAUAUUAUAUUUAAUUAUAUAAGAGUACGCGCAUAUUUUUAUUGACAUUUGUGAAUAAUUAAGCUAAGGAAACGAGCGAUUAAUAAUAAUCCUGUGCGCUUAAAACUAUUAUGCAAAUAUGCAAUGGCAUAAAUAUCAUGUAAAAGAUCAAACCAAAAUAGUUUGUAAAAGUAUGAGAAACAUUAAGCAAUUAUGUACCAAUAACAUAUAACUUAUUAUAUUUCCAAAAUAUUAAUUUCUGUAAGUUUACGUAUAAAGAUUAAGUACCAAAAAAAAAAAAAAAUACAUCACUUUAAAGUAUACCAUUAUUAUUUCGGAAACUAUCAGAAACAUGUGGUGUCAAAUAUUUUUACCUACCGCAAUAAUAUACUUUCCUUAAGAUGGAUCUUUUAUGUCUGAGUACCCUAAAGCUAUGUCGUAAUCGGUUCAUUGAAAUAAGUUUCAUAAUAAAAAUAUUUUUCAAUAUACAUACGUA